AUGGCUUUAGCAAUAAGAAAGGAAAUUGUAAAGAAGAAAUGUAGCGGCUCGACAUUAAAUUAUUAUGACAAUAUAAGUUAUAGAGUAUAUGUUUAUAUAAGAUACUGUAUGUACUGUACUGUAGUAGUAAGUCAAUUGGUAGGGUCAGUGAAGCAGAAAAUGGUUGUAGCAGUGAAUGUGGAAUAUAUUGGAACUCUGACAAUAUUCCUGGCUAUUCUGUGUAAUAAAGUGUCGAGUCAGAAUGGUUGUGCUUUAUUGAAGAAUGAAUAUAUUAUUGACGUAUCAUUACCAGAAGCACCAACAGAAAAUGGUAAUAAUUAUGAUAGAAGAUUCCUAGGAUUUCGAGGAGCAGUUGGCUCUAUAAAACUAGACAUAGAGCAAGAUGAUUCCACUGUUGAUUUCCAUUCGAAUUUUAAAAUAUAUUUAGGAAUAGCUGAUUUUAAUUAUGGAUUUUGUAUAAAACGAAUCGGUGACUUAGAUAGAGAUGGUAAAACAUCUAAAUAUUCCGAUGAUAAUAGCAUAUUAGAAUAUACAAUAGUUUGUACAGAUUUAUCUACUUCAAUUAAAUUUUAUUACCCUUUGAUAAUAAGAAUUACAGAUUUAAAUGAUAAUCCACCAGUUUUCCAGAAUGAACCAUACCAGAUUACUGUGGAUAAGUCUACAGUUAAUGGCAGUACUCUGAUCAGAGUUAUAGCUACUGAUAAAGAUAUAGAUAAAAAUAGACAUAUAGUUUAUGGUAUAGAGAGUGGAGCCGGUACAUUGAAUGAUGCCAGCCAAUAUUUCCAUUUCCCCGUGAUCUCCAGCGGUGCCUUAUCGCUAAAGAAGACAAUUGACACUGAUGCUUUUAAAAGUGAAGGCAUCAGCUCUAUGAAUUUGAAUAUAUUUGCUAUGGAUAUGGGAAGAAAGAGUCUUAGAACAGAUAGUUCCAUUAAAGUUAAUAUUAAUUUCGAUGGUGAAGAGAUAGUAAGAAAGAUAGAUAAACCUGUCGAGGCAGAAAAGCCUGAUAGGGGAAGAGACCAUUGUGUAUUGUUAGACAGACCAGAGUUUGCCAACGGAUCGAUCAAAGUAAAACUACCUGAAGUCGUAUCAUCAAGUGAUUUAUCAGCUCACCCAUAUAAAUACAGAACCUUUAUUGGUAUAAAGGAUACAGUGACCAAUAUAAAUCUAAUACCAGAUAGUGAAGAAGUUGGUGUAGAAUAUGUUAUACCACAAUCUGGUCAGCGUGGUUAUUAUAUUAGAAUUAAACAAGUUAUAGAUAGAGAUGGGGACACAAGUUCUAGAAGUGACGAUGUCAACAAUUUGAAAUUUAAACUUGAGUGUGAAUCUAACGAUAGAAUUACUGUGUUUCCUCUUACCAUCCAUAUAACUGAUAUCAAUGAUAAUGCACCAGUGUUCGAAAAUGAAGAAUCGAUAGAAUUUUCAGUUCAGGCUGGUGAUGAUGAAGACUUGCCACGAGAGGUUUUUAAUAUCUCUGAAUUCUCCUCUGUAUCUGAUAAAGAUUUGGGAGCAAACAAAAGAAUCUCUUACAGUAUUAGUCCUGUUAGUGAUGAAAAGGGAAGUGAGUAUUUUAUUGUAGAUAAAUCAGGAGUAAUACACCAAGUUAAACAUAUUAGUGAUGAAGAAGGGUUGGAUUAUUUAUAUUUUAAUAUAACUGUUACUGACAAUGCUAGAAAUGUCAAAAAGAGAAAAAGUAGUUCUAAAACAGCUAAAGUUGAAGUGUUAUAUAAAACAACAACUACAACUUCUACAACACCCAAACCAGUGGUAUGUAAUAUAGAUACCAACGAGUUUACAUCUCAUAAACAUGGUAUUUAUCAUCUGGAAAUCAAGGAAGUUAAAAAUGAACAACACCUUAAAGAUUAUACUGAUGAAUAUACGAUCUACAUAGGUUUAAAUGAUAAAUACUGUAUCAUAUUUCAGAUUAUACUGAUGAAUAUACUAGAUUAUACUGAUGGAUAUACUAGAUACUUGGGUUUUAAUGAUAAAUAUUGUAUCAUAUUUCAGAUUAUACUGAUGAAUAUACUAGAUUAUACUGAUGAAUAUACGAUCUACAUAGGUUUAAAUGAUAAAUACUGUAUCAUAUUUCAGAUUAUAAUGAUGAAUAUACGAGAUUAUACUGAUGAAUAUACGAUCUACAUAGGUUUAAAUGAUAAAUACUGUAUCAUAUUUCAGAUUAUACUGAUGAAUAUACGAGAUUAUACUGAUGAAUAUACGAGGUACAUGGGUUUUAAUGAUAAAUACUGUAUCAUAUUUCAGAUUAUAUUGAUGAAUAUACGAGAUUAUAUUGAUGAAUAUACUAGGUAUAUGGGUUUUAAUGAUAAAUACUGUAUCAUAUUUCAGAUUAUACUGAUGAAUAUACGAGAUUAUAUUGAUGAAUAUACUAGGUAUAUGGGUUUUAAUGAUAAAUACUGUAUCAUAUUUCAGAUUAUACUGAUGAAUAUACGAGAUUAUACUGAUGAAUAUACUAGGUAUAUGGGUUUUAAUGAUAAAUACUGUAUCAUAUUUCAGAUUAUACUGAUGAAUAUACGAGAUUAUACUGAUGAAUAUACUAGGUAUAUGGGUUUUAAUGAUAAAUACUGUAUCAUUUUUCAGAUCAUACUGAUGAAUAUACUAGGGUAUAUGGGUUUUAAUGAUAAAUACUGUAUCAUUUUUCGGAUUAUACUAAUCAAUAUACGAGAUUAUACUGAUGAAUAUACGAUCUACAUAGGUUUAAAUGAUAAAUACUGUAUCAUAUUUCAGAUUAUACUGAUGAAUAUACGAGAUUAUACUGAUGAAUAUACUAGGUAUAUGGGUUUUAAUGAUAAAUACUGUAUCAUAUUUCAGAUUAUACUAAUCAAUAUACGAGAUCAUACUGAUGAAUAUACGAGGUAUAUUGGUUUUAAUGAUGAAGCUCAGAUCUCGUUGGUUCAACAUGGUGACAAUGAUAUCAAUCCUGAGGAAUAUUUUGAACUAAUUGUAGAAGGAAAUAAACAAUAUAUUAGAUUGAUAAAGCCAAUAGACCGUGAUGGAGAAACCGAGUCUAAAUCUGAUGAUACCAAUCAAGUAGAAUUUACUGUUGAGUGUAAACAAAAUGGUCCAAUAAAAUACUACCCUAUUGUUAUCCAUAUUGAUGAUGUUAAUGAUAACGCCCCAGUGUUUCAGAACACUCCAUAUUUACUGAAUGUUAACGAGGCUACCAAACCAGGAUUUAUAGUGUAUCGUUCUAUAUCAGCUAUAGAUAAAGAUUUAGGUACCAACAGAGAGAUAACUUAUGGAAUAGUUCCUAAUCCAAACUUUAAGCCUGAUUAUAGUAGUUAUUUUGCGAUCUCUAAUUCAAUGGAAGGGGAGAUAAUUUUAGUGACACCAUUAGACUUUGAAAAAUUACAGACUAAAGAAUUCCAGUUGAACAUAUCGGCUACAAAUAGUGCCCCAACAGUAGAAAGACUAAGUAGUUAUACGAGUUUAUCGAUAACAGUUAUCGAUAGUGAUGAUUUACCGCCAGUAUUCCACUAUAGUUCCUGUAAUAAGAGAAAUAAUGUCUGUUUUAAUCCUGUCUAUAAGACUGUUGUCAAAUCAGGAAUUGUUUCAGGAAGAUUAAGUGAUAUUUAUCCUGUUCCUGAAAAUAAACUGAAUGAAACAGUCAGUAUUGAAGCUCGAGAUCAAGACUCGUUAAACCAUGCCAUUGUGUUCACAAUUGAUGAAAGCAUUCCAGAUGGGUACACCGACUAUUUCACUGUAGAAACAACAGGACCCAAUAAUGACGGUUAUUAUUCAGCACUGGUUAAUCAAGUCAAAAUCGUUCAGAGAUCUUCGGUUCAGAAACUCAAACUUGUCCUCAAGGCUACAGAAGAUUCUAGUGAAGACAAAAUGGCUCGAGCAGAAUUAGAUAUUGUAGUAAUACCUUCAAAUCUGAACCCACCCCGUCUUGUCAGUUCUUCAGGAGAGUUUACAGGUUUUAUUGAAGAGAAUAGUAAAAUUGGUUCGUUUGUAUUAAGUUCUUCCAGUGCUGACAGUGACCGACUUCAAAUUUCUGUUGAAGACGAUGAUGUGCUUCCAUCCGAUCCACCAAGAGCUUACGACUAUUCUAUCAGCCCAGAUACCGUGUUUGAUAUUGAUGAUGAAGGUUUCAUAACAAAUAUAGCAGCAGUAGAUCGUGAAAAAAUGUCACAAUAUUCUCUAACGCUGACUAUAACAGAAACUGAUACAGUUGAGAAACAUAAAGUUUCUACAUCCCUGGUUGUUUACAUUCUUGAUGUCAAUGAUAACGCACCAAUGUUCACCAGAAAAUCUGUUAAAGUUAACAUUACAGAGGGGGAUUAUUCCUUUUCACCCAAAAAACUUGCCUUGCCUAUAAGGAGUUUUGUAAUUGCCAACAUACAAACUAUGAACAAUAUCAGGCAGAACCCAAAAACACAUUUACCUGGAUCAUAUAGUACUAUAGUACAUCUUAAGUACUAUGCUGAUUACAUUACGAGUAAUACCCAUCGGAAUGUUUCAGCGCUAGAUGAUGAUACCGAGGACAGUGGUAAAUUAACAUAUUCAAUACUUGAUGUACGACCUGAAGGGGAAGAAAAUUUCAAAAUAAAUAAGGAAACAGGAGAACUUACUGCUAAAGGACAACUUAAUGCCAAUAUACUGUAUUCUAUAAGAGUUCAAGCUUCAGACAAUGGUGAUCCUCCCAGGAGUUCUAUGUCUGUUAUUGAGGUAAACACGGUACCCAGACCAAAUAGUGCACCGUAUUUCUCUAAAGAUGCAUACAAAUUUAACAUUCCUGAAGAUUUUGAAACCGGAAAACAUGUCUUUCAAUUUGAGGCCUUUGAUCCUGACAAUGAUGAGUUGAAUUACGCUAUUACUAGUGGUAAUAUUGGUCAAACCUUUUCUAUUGAUUCUUCCAGUGACAAUUCUGGAGAACUGGUAGUAGCCAAUAAAGUGGACUUUGAAUCAAUUCAGUCUUAUGAUCUCCUCAUAACAGCUACAGAUAAGCGUGGCUUGACUGGUGAAACAACUGUACAUAUUAAUAUAACUGAUAUUAAUGAUAAUGAUCCCAUCUUCUCCAGUGAUGUUUAUGAAGGUAGUUUAAUAGAAGGAGAUUAUUCCAUCUCACCAAAACAAGUAUUGAUCGUGAAAGCCGAAGAUGAAGAUAGUUCAUAUAACGGUCAAGUAGAAUAUGCUAUAACCAAAUCAAGUCCUCCAGAACCAGCUAUAUCUAUAAAUUCUGAAUCAGGUGCUAUAGAGGUUAAUGGUAUCGUUAAGGGUGGAACAGUUUAUACAAUGACCGUACUGGCUAAAGACAAAGCUCCAACUCCUAAAUCGUCAACGGCCAGAGUAAAGUUAACAGUUAUACCCAAAACACUAGUUAAUAAUGCCCCAGUCAUACCUCAAUCUGAUUAUACUGUAUCUGUUAGUGAAGGUACAGCUUUAUCUAGUGAAAUAGUACAAAUAUCAGCUUCUGAUCCAGAUAGUGAUGUACUUACGUAUAAAAUUGUUAAUCAAAUUCCAGAAUCGUCCGCCUUCCAAAUAGAUAAAAGUGGUAUCAUAUCCAAUACAGAACGUUUAGAUAGAGAGGAGGUAGAUGAAUACACAUUACAAGUUGAAGUUACUGAUUCUCAAGGUUUGACAUCAGACACCAAGGUAGUUAUUAAAGUUACAGAUAUGAAUGAUAACCGACCAAAAUUUACUCAUAAAAACUAUGUGUUUAGUUUGGUUGAAGGACAGAUGGGCCAAUUUGUUGUCGCUGCAUUUGACAAAGAUGAAGUUGAAACUGGCAAUUCAUUAGUAACUUAUAGUUUUAGUGAACCAAAUGACAAAUUCGACAUCAGUUCAGAUGGUAAGAUCACAACAAAAGCUCCAUUAGAUCGUGAAGAGAAUGAAAAUUAUGAAAUGAUUGUUGUAGCAUCUGAUAAUGGUUUACCUGUAAUGACAUCAACAGCUAGUGUCAGGAUACAGGUUACUGAUACGUCGGAUUCGGUACCAAUAUUUAAUCCUUCUAUCUAUGAAGUACAGGUACCUGAAGGAAAGAGAAACUACCCAGUUGUAACUGUAAAGGCCAUGGAUGCUGAUGUUGUAAAAAACGUCAUUUAUAUUUUUGAAGAUGGUGACACAUCGGAUUUCACUAUAGAUUCUAUCACUGGUGAAAUAAAAACAAGGAAGCCAUUAAAUGUAGCGUCCAAAUCAUUCUAUUCUUUUACUGUAACAACAACUGAUGGACAAGAUGUGUCUUCUGCUCUUGUAUCAGUGACAGUUGUGGGUGAAGAUGAAGAAAUAGUAAAACCAACUAUAAUAGUUAGCGAACCUAUAAUACCAGAUAAACAACAACCAACGGGAUCUGAAAAACCUCUUGAUGUCGGUGAUGACAGACCACCAGUCUUCUCCUAUCCUACAUGCAUUGGUGAUUGUCGUCGACCGGAAUAUGCAGUCAGUGUACAGUCAGCUGCAAGUUUAUUUGAAUUGAGUUUAUUUCCAAUGCCGUCAGAUAAUCCAACACUUACUGUGCCAUUAAAAGCUAAAGAUCCUAACACUCCACAAUCGCCAUUAAAUUUUACCAUUUCUAGAACUGUUCCAACGGGAUUAGAGCGUAAAUUUGUUGUUAGAACUUCUGGUCCAGAUAAUGAAGGCUUUUAUAGUGCUACAGUUAAGCAAAUAGAGCCUUUGUAUGUAGAUAAAACGCCCCAUGUCGAAGUUAUCGUUAGGGCAACAGAAGACAGUAGUAACAAGUUGUAUUCAGAAGGUUCUGUUUAUAUUGAUGUGAAAAGAUAUUAUAUAAUAGAAGGAAAACUAACUGCUGAAAGCACCGCAGUUACUUUAUCUCAAAUGAAUAUAUUGACAUUUUUAACUAUUUUAACAAUAUUUUAUCUUUUAUAGAGUGUGAUAUUUUAUUCUGUUUAUCAUUUUUUAUCAUCAAACCUUUAUUUCUGUUAUAAAUUUAGUAUUUUACGUGUUUUAUCCGUCCAUUUCUCAGAGCAACCAUAUAGUGUUAUAAAAGGUAACGACAAUGAUUAAUUGUCAUCCAACGUUUGCAGUUGAAAAACUUAUAUUGUAUUGAAUGGACUUCUUAUAAAGAAGCUCAAGAAACCUUCUAUAAUGUGUAUAUAGAUUCACAUAUUAACGAUUAAUCUCAGAUUGAUUUGUUACAAAUCAUUAUAAUUUUUUUAAAUUUUGGACCUUUGUGCUAAAUAUAUAUCAUAAUAUUCGUUUUGGAAAUGCUCAUCUGUCAUCAAAACUGUGAAAUUUAAAAAAGGCUUUCAGUAAUGUGUACGCCUAUUGCUAAAGAAUAAAUUAAUUAUAUGGUGUAUUUCAUUUCCUUGUCUUUACAUGUGUCCGUUUCCAUAAAAUAACAGUUUUUAAUUUAUCGAUGAUAGGAAACUUCCAAAUUAGGUAAAUUCUUAUAAAAUUUAGUUAUUUGUGUGCCAUGGUCUUUCUUUUGUAACUUUUAAAAUAAUAUUUUUUCUGUCUCUGUAAUAAUAUUCAUCGUGUUGUUUAUUGAGUUUAAUAAUAUUUAUAUUAUUUAUUAAUUUGUGUUUGUGUUCUGCUUUUAGUUACAGAUGAAUUGUACAUAUUUAUAUAUAGUGUGUAGAGUAACCUGUAAUUGGCUCAGUUAGCAGUGUUGUAUAGUCUAUGAGUUCUAGGGAGUUGUAUAAUGAAUAUUGAAUAAUUCUUGUAAACUGUUUUAUACAUUAAAGACUGUCUUACCUUUC